CUCUGCGCAGGCGCGGGGCCGCUCGCGCCCCCGGUCCCGCCGGACGCGGCCCGGAGCAGCGGAGAGCGGUGAGGCGGGGGCAUCGGUGGAGAAUUACAGAAAAAUGUUCACUUCUCUGGAGCUGACGUUGGCUCUGCGAUGGACUGGUAUGCUGCUGUUACCGGAUCUCCAGGAAACACACACUGAGCUCACACUGAGACCCCACAGCUGAACCAUGUAAGAUAUCUCACUUUCAGAACUGGAGUCAGGACAGUGUGUUGCCUCCUUUAAUUACAGUCUGAGAAUUGGUUUCAGAUGUGGAAGAAUGCAACAAAAAGAAAUGAAAAAUCCAGGCGUCCAUCGAUGACUAAAGUCUCAAUUUUCAUGAUUCAUAUGAUUUGCUUCUCCUGGAGCCAUGGAUGAAUACAGCCGCUUUGUGGACUGGGACAAAAUGGAUGUGAGUGCCCAGAGCCAGGAUACAAAAGAACUCACCUGCACAGACUUACAUGAGCUCAAGCAGCUCGCCCGGCAGGGCUAUUGGGCCAAAAACCACUCUCUGAGAGCCAAAGUGUACCACAAACUCAUCAGCAAUAUCCCAUGCCGUACAGUGACCCCAGAUGCAAACGUGUACCGGGAUAUCGUGGUGAAGAUCAUUGGAAAGCGCAGCAGCAGCUCCCUCCCGCUGCCGGAGUUCGUGGACAACAGCCUGAUCCCCACGUACUGCCUGAAUGCCGAGGGCGUGGGGGCCGUCAGGAAGAUCAUCCUGUGCAUCGCCAAUCAGUUCCCAGACAUCUCGUUCUGCCCCGCGCUGCCCUCGGUGAUCGCGCUGCUCCUGCACUACAGCAAGGACGAGGCCGAGUGCUUCGAGCAGGUCUGUCGCAUCCUGGCUUGCAAUGACCCGUCUAAGCGACUCAUCGACCAGACCUUCCUGGCCUUUGAGUCCUCCUGCAUGACCUUUGGGGACCUGGUGAACAAGUACUGCCAGGCAGCCCACAAGCUGAUGGUGGCAGUGUCCGAGGAUGUGCUGGAGGUGUACUCGGACUGGCAGCGGUGGCUCUUCGGAGAGCUCCCCAUGGCAUACAUUGCACGGAUCUUUGACGUCUUCCUGGUGGAGGGGUACAAAGUUCUCUAUCGUGUCGCGCUGGCUCUCCUGAAAUUCUUUCAUAAAGUCAGAGCUGGGCAGCCCAUGGAGUCUGACAGCAUCCAGCAGGACAUCCGAGCCUUUGUGAGGGAUAUCGCCAAGUCGGUGUCCCCAGAGAGGCUCCUGGAAAAAGCCUUUGCUAUCCGCCUUUUCUCUCGGAAGGAGAUCCAGCUCCUGCAGAUGGCCAAUGAGAAGGCUUUGCAGCAGAAGGGCAUCACAGUCAAGCAGAAAAGGCAGAAUGUGCACUUGGCAGUUCAUGCUGAGAACUUCAAAUCAGAAAUUGUCAGUGUGAAGGAGAUGCGGGAUAUCUGGUCAUGGAUCCCAGAACGAUUUGCACUGUGCCAGCCCCUCCUGCUUUUCACCACCUUGGAACAUGGCUGUAGUCUGAGCAGGUUCUAUUCCCACAGCGAGGGACACGAACCAACUCUGCUCCUCAUCAAGACAACAGCGAAAGAGGUCUGUGGGGCUUACCUGUCCACUGACUGGAGCGAGCGCCGGCGAGGAGGGAACAAGCUGAGUUUCUUUGGAACAGGGGAGUGCUUUGUGUUUAGGCUGCAGCCAGAAGUGGAACGCUACGAGUGGGUGAUCAUAAAACACCCAGAACUAGCCUCGACUGGAUCAGAGACAGAAAACCAUGCCCAACCAGCUUCUAGCACUCUUUCCUCCAGCAGCAUCCCCUCAGAUCCUUCAGAUCGCCUUUCCCCGUUCUUAGCAGCUAGGCACUUCAACUUGCCUUCCAAAACAGCCUCCAUGUUCAUGGCUGGCAGCAGUGAGUGCAUCAUUGUAGGGCUCAUAGCAAAAGGCACCCUGAAACCGAGAGAAACCCUGGAGCAUGUGUUCUCUGACAGAGCUCCCAUUGCGGGCCAGAGAGCAUGGUUUGCCCCAGCCCAGCCUGGGUUUAAAAUGGAGGUUAGGGGUGUCCUCCGGCCACCAGCAGCACCUGUAAGUUGCAACCAGACCAUACAGUGACCAAGGAUGUAAAUUAAAAACGUGGGAUUCCACAAAAUUUGGGGGUUUAAAAAAUUGCUGUCAGGCCAAAGGGAUUUGGGUAUUUUCCCUCAAAAUAGUCCCACCCCCCGAUAUCCACCUCAUACACAAAUCUGGCUGCCUCGUGGUGCUGUACAUUUCCAAGAGCUGAGCUGCAGUUUAAAGCAAUGCAGUGUGGAAAAGGGAUUGCUGAGCUGGCAGAAGCAAUUCCCAGAUGAUUAAUUCUCCAGCCAGCUCUGCACUGCCAGGAGAUUUGCUGCACAGGAAGCCCGUGGCCACUAGAGGUUCCUCUCAGCCUGGUCCUGUGCCUCCAUCACCAGUAAAUCUGUCCUUGCAAUCUAAAAGAGCUUUCUUCGCUCGGUUUCCAAAGGUGAUCUGAGCCUUAAAUACCAUAAAUCAGAAUUUUACAACUCCCUUGAAAUCUGUAAACUUGAUCAUGAAGGUGCUUAGUAGCAGGAAGGUGUAAGUGAGGGAUGGUAAGGAGCUGAGCAGCGCAGGCAGCUGUUUUGGGACCUUGCAGCUGCUGUAAACCCAGUGAGGGAGAGCUGAGAGGAGGAUGUGCUUGAUUGCAUCAGGCAGCAGAGGCUUGGUGUCCUGCCUAGAAAGCACAGUGGUGGGAAGGUCUCAGGGUGGGUAGUAGCUACAGGAGCCUGAACUGGAAAAGGAAGGCUGUGCUGUGUCUUGCUGUGCUGCUACAGUGUGAGAAGAGCCUGAUGUUUGCCAGUUGUACUUUUUUUUUUGGAUUUUCUAAACAGGCUUUUAUGUAAAUGUCUCAGAGACACCUGCUUCCUUGAGAGAUGUUUUAUAACCAGUUGUGGCACAACAUUGCCUCUGGCAGCAAAUUAGAGGGUUUUCUGCCUUUUCAAGCCCCUCACUGGGUGUUUUCAGCUCUGCCCUGCUCUUGCCCUUCCCAAGCACCGUUUUGGGCUGCAGAGCCUUUGCCUGAGCCUCUAGGAGGGUCGUGGCUCCACUCCUUGUCUGUACUCUGGUGACAUAGGCUGCUGCUGACUGAUUUCAGACCACACAAACAGCUCUUGGGUGGAGCUGGGUACAGACUUCAGCUGGGGAAAAGUGGAGCUUGUUUGUUCCUGCUUUGCAAACCUGCAGCUGGCUGCUGCUGGGCAAGGGCAGAUAAGGCACCAGGACUGUUGGCACUGUCCUGAACCCAGGGAUGCACCUCCCAGUGCUGACACAGCUUGAGUCCAAGGCCUCAUGUUGAGUCACCUCCUUUCCGUGGUUAAAUGUCCUCCAGAGUUAUGGCUGUGCCCUCCACAUGCCAUUGACCAAAGGGUUUCUGACUGGGCUCAUCCUCCUUAUCCCUCAGCCAUGAGAUGAAGGAGGCAGGUCUGGAAUCCUGUGGAGAAAAGUGCAAGCCCAGCAAGCCAGUGAUCAGUACCUCAUCCUCCCAGCCUGCAUGAUGCUGGGUCCUGUGUCCCAUAAAUGACUGAGAGUACACAUUUUUGAUCCGUGAGCAUUCCAGAGCAGCAUUGGCUGCACCAGCUCAGCAGCCCAGCUGGCUACAGCCAGAACUCUCCCACUGGCAGUGGCUGGGGCACAGUCUGUUCCUCUUCCUUAGACAUCCUCCUUGUGCUGAAAUCCUCCUCCUUAAACUUCUCUGGGUCUAUGUGAAGACCCACUUUUGCUUCCUCGCUCUCUGAAGCUCUUGGCUGUGCCUCAGGGAGCCAAUCCCUCUCCUGGAACAUUUUUUUUUUUCCUUUUGCAUCCUUACCUGCUGCAGGGGUCUGAGUACACCAUUCUUGGCACUCUCAGCUUGAUGAUGCUCUGAAUUCAAGCCCAAGAAAGACUGCAACUCAAACAAGGUUGGCUGCUCACUGUGAGUCCUGCAGAGCAACAACUUGUCCAGGUUUGUUCAAGGGAGGUUUAGGGCUGAAACUACACAAACCAUCACUGGUGAGCUGGGUCUAGGUGUACAUCCAGGCCAGUAUCUUGUCCAUGGACUUCCUGCAUGGCAAGUCACACCUGCCUGAGGAUAGCCCUGCCAGCUCCAGCAGCACAAAGCCAGCGGCUGUGCAGCUCCUGCCGAGCUGUGAUGCCCUGCAGUCGGGUUCUGGCAGCCAGCUGGCACAAGGGGUACAUCUGCAUCAGUCCUUGGCACCCCCAGAGUUUUGCCACAAGCAGCUGUGUCUGUCCUCAGCACACGGCAGCCACCCGCGCCCCUCAGCUGGACAAGGGGACAACCCUUGGGCACAGUGGAACUCAGCUUCCUCACUGCUUCCACAGACAAAAUGCUGCAGGACUUCCCCAUGGUCCCACUCAGACCAAGUUACUGGGGAAAGAGGCAGCAAUGUCUCAGAGAUCUGAAUCUCCCCAGGUUUGGCUGCCUGUUCCACAGAACCAGGCAGUGAACUCCAGCCCCACUUCCACAGGGAAGGGCUGUGGUGGGGCUGGAGCCCUGCUGGGGAGCAGAAUCCCCCCGUUACCCACCCUUCAGACAAAGCCAGAGGAGAAUGGAUUUCAGCAGUUCCACAGCUCACAGAAAUACUUGUGGGUGCUCCUGUAAGGAUCUGCCUAACAAACAGCCAUAACCUCUCUCUCAAGUUCGUUAGGCUUUUCUUGCACUCCAGCCACAGCUCCUGCAGGAUACUGUGCUCUUGUGGGGUGAAGUAUUCCCCAGAGUCAUGGCUUUCCUUGCAGCUCACCAUGGGUUGUGCCCCAGGGCUGACUCCAGCUCGGAGACUGAACUCAGCAGUUCAGCUGAGUUCAACUUAGGGACUGCAGAGCCGUAGCUCCCAGAAUUCCUCAGGGUGUGGGUCUCCUCAGGAUGGAUUUCUUCCCUAAUGAGCAAUAACAGACUCAUGAACACAUUUUUGAAAAUGCAGAAGUAGAAACACAGGAGGAAUAACUGACUCACUGAGGAAAUCUUAUUAAUGUGUUCAACAGAGCCUUGGGGUGGAGGCAGGGGCAAGUUAGGGCUUUCAAAGGAAGUGUGGGAGCACCUCUCCAGACCAGCUGCCUGCCUUGUGCCCAACCCUCUGACAAUGCUGGAGACACCUCCAGCUCAGACCAGUCUCUUGGGCAGCAUUUGUAGCCCAUAUUUAGGAGGGAAAUGUGCUAUUCCUCUGGUUGGUGGGAGCAGAUGUUUGCUUCAGCCUAUUCCCUGGUCAGAGCAGCCUCCAGCUGGGUCAGAUCCGGUCCCAGCUCCUGGGCUGUCCUGAGAGAUGUUUGCAAAGAGGGUCCAGAGCUGCCCAGAGGAGGAAGGGCAGGCUCUAGUCCUGUAAACCAGCACAAACACACAGCAGGCAGAAGCUUUUGGCCUGAUUUGCUCACGACCUUUGCCGUGGUCCGUCCCUCAGGCAGCUGGAGCCUGCUUGCCGGCGCUGGAUCUGUGCUUCCUUGUACACACAAGGGCACACUCCAGUCAGCUCCAGCCCUGCCUUUACGCUGGUUUUCUCAGGCAGGGGAUGUUUUUAGAGGUUUAAUAUUUAAUCUGCACCCUACUGAAGAGAACUUCUAGAGGUUACGAGAGCCUGGGAGAUGGCUGCUCAAGGUCCUCAUCCUUCCCAGUCUCUGUGUGCCUCCAGCCUGGAAGCUUUUCAGAAGGGCAGUGAUGUGAAAUCUAGGGAUGUGAAUCCGUGUGAAAAGCCACUUGCCAGGGAUGAUGAAAGGCACAUGAUGAACACGCUGCUCUGGGCAGGAGCAGCCAUGUCCAGCAGUGAGCUCUCAUGGUCCCCAGGCACUGCCACAGCAAUGCCAGUUGCCCUGGUCACACCAGGGCUGUCGGACCAGCUCUCUUCCUCCUUAUGCAUGGGAUCAGGGUCUCCCUUUUCCCAAGGCUGCAGAAAUGGGGAUUAUCCAACAGGUCCCCCUUGAUGCCUGGAGCCAGCCACUGUCCCCUGUGGAGCAGCCCUGCCCUGGCCCCAAACAACCCUGGUGUUCUCCAAAGGACCUUGUCCUGAGCCCAUCCUCCCUGCUGCUGGUCCCUCGCCGUCACCAAAGCAACCACUGAUGGAUCUGUCGUGAAAGCCCUCGGGGGCCAAGACUCUCUUUAUCCUAAUCCCAAAUGCUCCCUACUGCCCUUCCUGCAGGCUGUGCCAUCCCCGGGGCUGCCUGGUGAGAUCCAGCACAUCGAGCUGCCGCCUCCCACCCAGCCGGGAGCGCCGAGCCUGCAGCUCUCAGUGAGAUGCAGAGAUCUCCAUCCAAGGGCUGCUGCAGCACUUGGAAGUUUUCCUGCAAGCAAAGAAAUGGGGAGGGAGGGCUGGACCACGAGGGAACAAGCGGUGGCCGUUCCAGUGAGCCAGUGCCUCAGCAGAUAUUACUAAUACACAUGUACAGGCGUUCUGAAAUAACCAGCUAUUCCUGAGCUCAGCUUCCCCGUGUGACCCUGACUUGUGUCAGCUGAUGGGAAAAAAUCUCUGUGUGGAAGAAACGGCUGUUCCUUGAAAAGGCCUAAGACUGUGCAGGCUGUCCCUGGCCUCUGGGCUCAGCCAGCCUGGAGCCAGCUGGGUGUGAGGGAUGGGUGAGGACAGAGCCUUGUGUAUCCUGGAGGGAAGAUGGAGGAGGGACCAAAGUGAGAUUUGGUUGAGAUGUUUGGCUGGGCAGAGGCUCCCUGUCCUGAUCUUAGAUAUGGGGCUGCAAUCUAAACACAGUCCCCCUAUGUUGAAGGGAGGUGUUCUCCCUUUCCCAGCAUACACCAAGAGUGUCCAGCUGCUUUCUCACUCCAGGGAGAGGAGAGUGUUUGCAAGGGAAGAGUCCAGUGCAGGACCAGGCUGUGAGGACAUCGUGUGACUGCACUCAUCCCUGCUGUCUCCAGUUUCUAUCAGGAACUAAGGGUGCUGGUGUUUCCCCCUUUCCCAAAAGAAGUCACAAAGAUGGUUUUAUGCUCACUGUAAAACUUCUUGGUUUUUUAAACCCUUGUGGCAGUGCUGGAAAACACAGUGCUUGAUUGUUACUUUUAUUGUCCCCUGGGCUUUGUGCCAUGUCUGUCCUUACCUCUGGCUUUCUGAAGAAUGCAUGAACUUUCUGAACUAAGAAAUAAAAUAUAUAAAAUCAACUUA